AUGGCCGGGGUCAUGGACAUGGAGCGGACGCGGACACGACGGGAACGAACCUUUAUCGGCAGCGAGUGCUGCGUGUGUGAGGAGAACCUCGAGUACACGCUGCGGGGCGAGCGGAUACUGCAGCUCUCGUGCGGCCAUGUGUCGCACGAGGCGUGCUUCUACGAGUACAUCCGCGAGUUCGAGUCGCAGCACUGCCCGACGUGCGAUGCGACGCUGGGGCUCGACAGCAGCAGAGGGGGCAACGUGCUCGACCUUGGUAGGCAGCCCUCGCAGACGGCGGCGGGCAGGCAGGCUGAUGUGCGCGCAGAGAAACUGUCGACGAUUGUGCGUUCGGUGCAGCACGAGGCGCCGCCGCCGCACGCCGAGAGCCAGCGCAGCGCAGCCAACACGCCCACGCCGUGGGACAGCCAGGCUGAGCGGCCGCACGACGAGCAGCAGCAGCACCAGCACCAGCACGGGCGGUCGCGCACCGGAAGCAACGCGUCGGCGCGAUACCCGCCCACGACACACACACGGCAGCGGGACAGCAGCCACAGUCGCGACCGCGGCUCCGAGCGGGGCGCGUCGCUGUCGCUGUCACAGGCGCAGUCGCGGGCCCACGGGCGCAGCGACUCGGGCGCGACGGGGCUCGCGUCGUCGAGCGAGUAUGCCGCGACGCACGACGGGCGGCGGCACGACUACGACGUGCAGUCGAUGGAGACGAGCCUCAGCAGCCCGCGCGGCGGCGUGCGGAGCCCCAUCCCCGCGCCCACCGUCACCGUCCGCAGCGAGUUCCCUACGCUGAGCCGGUCGCGGCAGCAGCAGAGCCUGACGUGCCUCGUCACCGUCGAGGUGGUCGAGGGCAAGUGGCGGCCCAGCCCCGACGACCUGCCGCGAGCGCCGCCGCCGCUGCCGCCGCUCGCCAGCGUGGCCGAGAGCGAUUACGAGCGCUCCAAGUCGCCCGCGCCGCCGUACGAGCCGGCGGCGCUGCUCGACGACAUGACCGAAGACCUGCACGCCCGUGUCGACAACUGGCACGGCCUCGACUUCUCGCGCUUCGGCAAGCUGCGCCUCCAUGGCCACAUCCGCGUUGGCAAGGACCGCCAGUCGUGGCAGGAGCUCGAGUGCUACCUCUUCUCCGAGAUGCUCAUCUGCGUCAAGGAGAAGAAGACGCCGCCCCUCACCAAGACAAAGUGCACCCUCAAGGGCUCCAUCCUCAUCAAGAAGCACCUCAACCACGUCGAGCACGCGCCCGACAGCCUCGUCCUGACCCUCAGCCUCUCCGUCGCCGAGCUGCCCGCCUUCCACCUGCAGUUCCACGACCGCAGCCAGCUCGACCUCUGGCGCCGCGCCCUCAUGGACAUCCGCCUCGACUUCCCCACCGCCGCCCGCCUGCCCGACUACGACCACGACAACUCGGGCCCCGACGACGACGACUACCGCCGCCCCAAGCGCCUCUCCUCCAUCAACUCGUCCUACGGCGCCGCCAGGUCCACCAUGACCGCCCCGACCGAGUACAGCGCCCCGCGCGCCGCCGUGCCCGAGCCGCGCCCCGCGCCCUCGAUCCACGUGCCCGUCGACAUUGUCGUCGUCAUCCCCGUAUCCUCCUCCAUGCAGGGCUUGAAGAUCAACCUGCUCCGCGACACCCUGCGCUUCCUGGUCCACAACCUGGGCGAGCGCGACCGCAUGGGCCUCGUCACCUUCGGCUCCAGCGGCGGUGGUGUCCCCAUCGUCGGCAUGACGAGCAAGGCGUGGAGAGACUGGCCCAAGGUGCUCGAUUCCAUCCGCCCCGUUGGCCAGAAGAGCCUGCGCGCAGAUGUCGUCGACGGUGCCAAUGUCGCCAUGGAUCUGCUCAUGCAGCGCAAGUCCAGCAACCCCCUCUCCAGCAUCCUGCUCAUCAGCGAUUCCUCCACCUCCGAUGCUGAAAGCGUCGACUUUGUCAUCUCCCGCGCCGAGGCUGCGAAGGUCUCCAUCCACUCCUUCGGUCUAGGACUGACACACAAGCCCGAUACCAUGAUUGAACUUUCUACCCGCACCAAGGCUUCGUACACGUACGUCAAAGACUGGAUGAUGCUGCGUGAGUGUGCAGCUGGCUGUCUCGGCUCCCUCCAGACUACCUCGCAUCAAAACGUCAAACUCAAGCUACGACUACCCGAAGGCUCUCCUGCCAAGUUUGUCAAGAUCAGCGGCGCCCUACAGAUUACAAAACGAGCUACCGGACGAGACGCCGAAGCCGCGUUGGGUGACCUGCGUUUUGGUGACAAGCGAGACAUUUUGGUCCAACUAGCCAUUGCACCAGACACCGGCUCACCAGAACAGCUUCCUCAGGACCCUUGGGAGUCGAUUGUGUCUGGCCUUGAGGCUCUCGGUGGACCGCUCGACCAGGACGACUCACGCACACUCAGCGUUGAAGAAGUGCCGCUGAUCCAGGCAGACCUGACGUACGGUGACAUCCUACGCGAAGGGUCUUUGUCACAUUUACCACGCCCGUCGUUACUCGCCAUCACUCUGCUACCGUCAGGGCCAAAGAAGAGCCCGACUGGAAGACCACCAACACCUCCCAUCCCACCUCAUCCUCACGUCGUGCAGCGACGCAUGGAAUUGCUCACCUCAGACAUGCUGACACGCGCAUUGACGCUUGUUUCGCGUGGGCAACACGACCGCGCACACCACCUUCUCAAGGAAACGCGCAGUAUUCUAAAAGGACUCGGAAAAGGAGGUCUGCCACCACUUCCACCUCCAGGUCACCGACGCAACGAACCAUCCAGUGCAGCAGGCAGCACUGGAUCCGCAUCACCGACAUUGCACAGUACCAGUGGCGACUUGCGUGCGCGAACGCCCUCGCCUCAUGCGGAUAGCCCCUUUACUCCUGCAGCAGGCAUUGAUGUCAGAACCAUGUAUGCGCUUGACGCAGAACUCGAGUCCAGUCUCGAGUGGAUCAACCACCCUGCUGUCUUCGGUAGGGAUUCGCGAAAGGCCGUGUUGCAGGCAAUCGGUGUCAUCUCAUCCCAGCGCGCGUACACCUUCCGCUCGCCCUCGGAAUCUCUCUGGGCAGAGCGCAUUGCUGGUGUCAAGCGCCUAUCCGAACGCGCACGCGACUGGCGCGAAACCGGCGACCAAGAAGCCUUGAUGGAGGAGAAUUAA